GUUAAGUGCAGAACACAAAUAACAACCUCGGCAAUAUGAAUCAUUAUUCACAAGCAUACUGGGUUUAUAUACAAACCAAACAGACCAAACAUUAUACCAAAAAAUAGAAAAAUAAUAUUUGUACAAUAACUGGCCAAAUGUGGCUGUGGAUAGGGGGAAAGUAAUUAAUAAUAAUAGUUCAAAGGUCAAAAUAAAGGUUAUGAUAAGAGGAACACGAAUACGAUUAGGUCAGUUAUUUAACAACUAUACAAUAGGAAAUAGGCAUAUUACAUCCAUAAAUAGACCUAAAUGUUACCAUUCGUAAUUCACCGGGGGAUAUAACACUAUGAAACUGGGUGAUCGGCGUCGAGUCCAUCAGGGCUACAGGUACACCUUGCUGACGAGCCCCAAAUCGCACGAAACCUAGAUCUAAACAGGAUUUCGUUGACUACCUCCAAUGACCAACUUAUCACUCCAAUCUCCACGUCUUUAACUAAUGAUCAGAAGGAUAAAACCUUAGGUCAGUCUGCAGUACAUUUUAAUCAAACGAAGCCUUUUCCAAAGUUCGACUUUAUUUUUCAAAACUGAUUAAGGAUGAGGAAAUAAAAGCUUUACGUCUUAAGAAGGAUAUCCAUACGACAUACAGUUACCUUUUAAGUAGCUGUUUAUAUGCUUAACAUCAUGUGUUGAUAUUAGUUGUAAAGUCACGGAAAAUCCGAAAGCACUGGUGCAGAUAUUUCAUCUUAAAUUCGAGAUUACAUAGCAUUUAAUUUUCAAGGGUGAAUAUGAUACCAUUCAGCUAAUGAGUCGAAAUUUAGUUGAAAUCUAGUCUUCAACAAAUAUUUAUACAUUUUACUUAUCAGAGUGAUCGGGUAACGAAUCGAAUCUAAAUUAUCUUGACAGUACAUUUGAAGAGAGGCGAACUCACUUUAAGGAUAACCUAAUCUAAUGAAAAAUUUAUGAAACUUCACCAAAAAUUCGUGAUACCAAUAGAAAAUUUAAGAGAAAAAAUUCAUGAGUAAAUGGCAAACUAUAAAGGAAAUAAAAAUGACCAUUUUGUAAAGAAUAUUUUUAAUAAAAUGUCAAUCAAGUUAUGGUCUACUUAAAAAUCACUAGAUCAUCCAUGUGACUGAUCUAAAUCACAUUUAUCUUCGUCAUCUAACACCCAUAGUCAAUCACUAUACAAAUAUUUUAACCAAUUACAUUUCAGCAUAGGAUUAUGAAAACUGAUAGACUAUUGGUGUAUUAAAAUAUGACCUUCAGGUACAAUAAAUAAGAGUCAGUUUACGCUUUGUCAAGCGUAGAUAGCCCGUAUACUGUCCACCGGGGCGAUCGGGGUUAGACCCAUAUUACAAUGACAAUUCACUGUCAAAGUAUUGAAUUUCAGGAAAAUUUACCACACAAUUUAAUAACGAUGAAUGUAGUGCCCGAAAAUACUGGUCAAAAACGGACAUGCAGGCAGUCAUCACAAAGUGAUGCUGAUGAAACGAUUUUAGAAUGUAAAAAUGAAGGAAAACGCCUAAAGUUGGAAUCACUUCACCACUUGACGAUAAGUAAUCAGAUGACAUCAACUCCGUUGGAUAUUUUAUCACCGAUUGCAGUAAAUUAUCCAUCUGAAAACAAUCAAGCUAGCAAUAAUCCUGUUAGUUCAGGCAUAAAUUUUAUUGAUUGUGAUGAACUGGCUUCACUACUAACCUCAAACUAUUCAUGUAAACAGUGUUUACCACUUAUACUUGACAUUAGAAGCCUUGCCUCUCAAGCUAAUUUACGAAUACAAACAGCAAUUGGCAUACCGUGUGAAUCUCGUGUGAAGUUACGUCGUGCAUUACCAGUGCUAAAUAACUAUUUACGUGCUAGAGAACAAUGUUUUAAUGCCCAUCAUCUAAAGGACUACCAACCAAACUACCGUUUAAUAAUCAUCUAUACUGAUUCUGAUAUCGAUGAAUUUCCUAUGUUGAAAGAUCUUCUUCACUGCUUGGUUAAACACUUGAUUGAUGUUCAUCAUUUAGAUGCAAGAGUUCUUAAAGGCGGUAUUCAAGAGUUUUGCAAUUCUUAUCAUCAUUUGUGUGAACAGCCGUUGGCCAAAUCUCAACCUAUUAGUGAUGAGUCAAAAACUGAUCCCACUGAAAAUAUCUCUCAUAAUGAGUCGAGAAAUAUCAAGGAUAAGUUAGCUCAUUCUUUGAAUAUUUCACUUACAAAAACAAGGUGUCGAAAAUUAGAAUUCACAUGUUCGCCAAUAUUGUUACCGGGUUUAGGCUUGUCUGCAGGAAAUACAGAACACAAGCCGAUUCGAUUACAUAGCUCAGUAAAACAAUCUAGUCAUUUGGCUUCAGCAAUAAUUAACCGUUAUAGCUCAACUGCAAAUUUUAUUGAAAAACAAUGGAAUUUAGCAGAACUUUGUGUAACUGAUAAUGAUCCUGGUGAUCCAAAAGAUAUAUUUCGUGCCGAAAUCAGUCGAAUAUUCCCUUUUCUAUAUCUAGGGAAUGAAUACGAUGGUCAAAAUGAAAAGAUUUUAAAUAAAUAUAGUAUAGAUUCAAUUUUAAAUGUAACUAUUAAAACACCAUUUCUUGAUGAAUCGCGAUUUAAUUGCUGUCGUCUCCCUGCAAACGAUUCACAUUCACAAGAUUUACGAUCGUAUUUUACAACAGCAUUUCAAUUCAUCGAAAAAGUUCGUUGCUCUGGCAAAACUGUACUUGUUCAUUGUCAAGCUGGUGUGUCCAGAUCACCAGCUUUAAUUAUUGCUUAUUUAAUGAACUAUUCAAGUUUGUCGUUACUCGAUGCUUAUCAAUAUGUGAAAUCGAGACGUUCGGUGAUUGCACCGAAUUUCGCAUUUAUGGGGCAGUUAUAUGAGUUGGAAUCGGAUUUAACAUCUGGACGGUUAUCAAGACAGUCGAAUAUAUUAGAUCCAUUAUUAAAAACUAAUGAAUCAUUAUGAUUGUUACUGUUAAUAAUAUCAAAUUCGAUACUACCUAUUUGUUUACCCAGUUAAUGUAUUUGUUUACCUAACUAUUUAUUCCGUUCAUGAUUCAGUAGUAUACACAAGUGCGGUUGACUGGAAUCAUUUUGAUAUAAAUUUGUAAAUAUCAUUAUUACCUCAGUCACACAAUAAUUCAGGUAAAGUACAUAAUAUCAUUAUUUUCAUCUCAUACGAUAAGCUUAUUCUGUUUUAUUCAACGACGUGAUUCACUUGUUCAACGUAAAAACUGUUUGAUGAUUUCCUGUCACAAUUUGUCAGCUUCAAAAUGUCUUUUUUAUUCUCUCAAAUUCACCUCAAUGAUUUUUUUGAAAAAUGAUUACAAGACGGAUACAUUUUCUUUCAGAUGACUUUUUUCUAUUCAGAUUUCAAUAUUUUUCAAAAGAGAAAUACAACUUUUGUUUGAAUUUUGCAGUUUUGUUUAAAUAAAACCAGCACUUUUUUUCGAUUUUUUUAUGCUUCUGUAAAAGGAUCUUGUUAUCCUCAACAGUGAUUUGAACGUUGUUACUAACGUUAUUGUACAAAGUGUGAAUUUUUCUUUGUCUGUUUGUUUAUGCUCAUGUGUGUAUGUAAACGACUGUUAUGCUUUUCUACUUUUCUGUGAAAUAUCAAUUUUGAAUUUGAUUACUUCAUUUUUAAAUGAUUGUGAUGAAGACAAGAUUAUGAAGAAAAACUAUCUCCUGAAUUGGGUGGGUUUUAGGAAGAUCAAAGGUUUAUCCAUCUUUCUUUUCAAAAAACGUUAAGCUCUAACUGGUAACGAUAAUUAAGAAUGAAUCUUUUCUAAUUCGAAUUUUUGCAUAGCAUUUGCGCUUUUCUAAUCGAUUGUCACUACUUUCAGCUUAGUAACUUUCCGUGUGCUCAAAGGUCAUAUUUUUAUUGAUAUAUCUAUACACACUUGUACGAUUUAAACUUUUCUUGAAUAUCAAGUUUCCUACACUUCUGUC